GGGGCCCGCCCCGCGCCGGCGGUGCAGGGAGGCGGAGACGGGGCCGGGCCGAGGCUGGAGGCACGGCGCGGCCAUGGCGGGUGCAGGGCCGCAGCGCGGUGCAGGGCAGAUCCAGGUGGAUAGUCACCCAACAUUUCAAGCUGAAGAUAAAAACAUUAUAGAAAAAGAUUCCCUUGAUAAAAGGCAACAGUUAGAUCCAGCAGCACAAUACAAAAUGAACCACAAGAGAAGAGGUCUUGCUUUGAUCUUCAAUCAUGAACGUUUCAACUGGCAUUUAACGCUGCCAGAUAGACGUGGGACAUUUGCAGACAAAGAGAAUCUGAAGCGCAGUUUGACAAACCUUGGAUUUGAAGUCAAAUGCUUUGAUGACCUAAAAGUAGAAGAAGUGUUGCAGAACAUUUCUGAAGUGUCAGUGGAUGACCACAGUGAUGCAGACUGCUUUGUGUGUGUGUUCCUAAGCCAUGGUGAAGAUGAUCAUGUGUAUGCCUAUGAUGCUAAAAUUAAAAUUCAGAUGAUGACAAACAUGUUCCGAGGAGACAAAUGCCCAAGCCUAGUAGGAAAACCUAAGAUAUUUAUAAUUCAGGCAUGUCGUGGAGAUAAACACGAUGAGGCAGUUUAUGUUCAGGAUGCAGUGGACUAUACUUUAGAAGAGUCAGACAACAACAUAACUGAAGUAGAUGCAGCUGGUGUCUAUACAUUACCUGCUGGUGCAGACUUUCUAAUGUGCUACUCUGUUGCUGAAGGUUACUAUUCUCAUCGUGAAACUAUAAAUGGUUCCUGGUACAUUCAAGACUUAUGUGAGAUGGUGCGACAUUAUGGUUCGUCCUUGGAGUUCACGGAACUUCUCACUCUGGUUAACAGGAAAGUAUCUCAUCGCAAAGUAGAUAUGUGCAGAGACCAUAGUGCAAUAGGCAAGAAGCAGAUUCCUUGUUUUGCUUCCAUGCUGACUAGAAAGUUGUACUUUCCUCCAAAAUCCAAGUAGAGAUGUGUAGCAGUGAGAGCUACAUCUCAUUUUAUAGUUUACUCCAAAACAUGAAAAAUAUUUCUUCUUGUUAAUCUUAAUUUACACUGGGUGAACGGUUAUACUGUUUUUCACUGCAGUUACAGAACUGCACAGUUAUUGAAACUAGGGGUGCACUGAUAAAGAUUUCCUUGGCCAGUACCAAUAGUUGAUAAUUAACCAGCCAUACUGGCCGAUACCCAUCCGAUAACUGAUAUUUAGUAAUAGUGCAAGGCAUUUUAAACUAUUGACAUAAAUAAACUGUAACAGGUUGCCCUCCCCAGCGCCAUCUUCCUGGUCAUCUGCGUCUUAUGUGGGGCGCCCUUGAAGCCCUCUUGGAAUUCUUCUGUCCCGCCCUAAUCUCACCUGCCACGUCUUGAUGGAAAUUAUUAUGUGAGCAGGAGACUGCCUAUUAUAUUGGAUACGUUGGGGUCUCUCCUAGGAUGGCCUGACGCCUUUUUCUCUAGCUAGGCCUCCCCAUCCAAACCCACCACACAGGGUUCGACUCUGAGGCUCUAGCUUUUCCUUCCAGUGCCUGGAGGCUCGUGGCCCCCUUUUCUGCUCCUUUCUGGAGCACGGCACUCCCUGGCCCAGAGGCACAGGUGCCGGCCCCACAACGAGGGGGGCCGCAAGUUCAAAACCAGCACGCGACCCCACCAGUCCAAGCAAAACAAAACAAUAUACCUGCGCCCACCCGCCAGGUGCACCAGGCCUCCCCGGCCUUUUUAAGAUUGUCCUUUGAGUGCCGGGGUUUGUGUCCCAAGCUGCGCCCUUACUGGCUCUCAGGCUUUCCGCAGCCCUGUUGCACUCUGCGUCUCACUGGUGCCGGGGCUGUGCCCCCCCCCACAAAAGCUGUGCCUUCACUGGUGUUGGGGUCUAUGCCCCCAAAAGCUGUGCCCUCACUGGCGCCAGGGAUGUGCCCCCCAAAAAGCUGCGCCCUCACUGGCACAGGGGCUUCCACUCUGGAGUGGGUCCCCAAAAAUUAGGCCUCCUCCAAUAAUAGCGUCACCCAAACCUCCGGUAUUAUUCAAUAAUCACAAAAUAAUAAUAAUAAGAAGAAGAAGAAUAACUGCACGUGCUUAAUCAAUGCAGCAGGUCAGCUUACGUGAACUCUCUGAGUCUUGGCUCUGCGCCGCCCGCUACAGUCCUGGUUGUGGACGCAGUUGUCAUCUCACAGGGGCUUCCAUAGCUUCCCCCUUCCUGCCAUGGACCGCUCCCCAGACUUCUUCCUGGAGCUCUCAGAGGCACUGCUUCCCCUUCGGCUGCUGACCCCCUUUUAAAGCCAUUCAACCCAGGGUUUUUAUAGUCCUGCCUCUUCCGGUCAGCUGACUAGCCGUCCCAGUUCAGCAGUUAACCCCUUCCUCACCAGCCCUCCGUGCCCAGAAGGUUCUGGCCUUAUGGGGGCGCACCUUCUUCCUCGUGACAGGGUCAGGGUUCCCUGUCACAUAAACCAUUUUUGUUUGUUUUGCACUUUUAACACACAUGCCUCCCUGCUUUGGCCCUUCAUGAGGAAGGCGGUGACCACCUUAUUUCCACACGUUGCCUCCUUGCCCAUGGCUCCUACCCACAGCCCUGCUCCUGCACAGCCUGUGCUGCCAUCCCAGGUAAGUUGGGCGGACUCUUGCACAGACAGUGGCGUUGAGCACAUUCAGGGCCCGAGCACACCGCUGCCUCAGUGUUGGUGAGCCCCAUGCAGCCGAGCUCCCACAGCUGCUGGGGAGAAACCGCUUUUGCAAAGGCAUCCGGUGCUCAGCACAGUGGAGCAUCCCUCAAACAUACCUUACCCUGCCCAUGGAUAUCCCAGUGCCUCUGCAGCAGCCCCAGCACUCAGGGCCCUACUGCGUGUGCAGCAUUGCCAUGGUAGCAGAAGUGGGAGCCAGUAACAGUCCUUUUGUUGCUGAGCACGGUGCCCUGGGACUGCUCCCCAGCACUGCGCCCCCCCCACCCCCAAACUGCUUGCUGUAGUCUGCCAGGGCUCAGGCCAGCAGCAGAGCACAGGGACCAGACUUGCACUCGCCAUGGUGCUCCAGGCAUGUGGCUGUAAUUAUUGGGAACAACAACCAAAAAAAAGCCAAUAACAUAAUUUCUCCUUUUAUUGAUGCGGAUCCAAUAGCCAACCAAUAUAUUGGUGCACCCCUAAUUGAAACCAUGAAUCUUCCUCUACAACAGCGAUUCCCAAUCUGUGGUACACAUACCACCAAUGGUAUGCAGAUAACUUGCCAGUGGUAUGUGUUAGCAGAUUAUUAAUCAUUACUUUAUAUGACAAAGAUUUGCUGGUGGUACUUAAGGUUGUAUCAUUUUAAAUUGGUGCUGCACAAUCUGUCAGAGUUUGGGAACCACUGCUCUACAAGAUGAAUGUUGGGAUCAGAUUUCAGACUUAGCAAAGCAAUACUUUUUAUAAAUCAUUGUAGCAAUAGCAGUCUCAGGGAAUUUGAAAACAAUCGUUGUAAUAACGACUUCCAUGUACUAGUAGUGUGAGGCAUUCAGAUACUAUGUAGAUGGGAGCCAUACGUUCCGAAGAUGGAAAUCAGUAAAUCACUGUUUGGCUAGUGCUUGAAUAGUUUCUUGUUGUCUACUUUUCUAAUUAUGAUGCAUUUUGUAAUUUUUCACGGAUUCUCAAAACUGCAUUUGCUUUUUUUUUUUGCACUGACAGAACAGUUUCCUGAGAAUGAAAGUAAUGUUCAUCUGUGGGAAUUUUUCUGUAUCUUCACAAAUAUUUUAAUACAUUUUACAGUGUAUGCGCAGUUUGUUUUUCUAGGCUUCCAACUUGUAUAAUUUGUGAUAUGAUUUGUGAUACAUCUACAUUUUAAAAACAA